GGACCCCGUGCGGGGCGGCCCCGCCGGCUCCUCGGGACCGGCAUUGCGGCGGGCAGCCCGGGGUCCUGCGGGGCAGCAUGGACGACGAGGAGGAGACGUACCGGCUGUGGAAGAUCCGCAAGACCAUCAUGCAGCUGUGCCACGACCGCGGUUAUCUGGUGACGCAGGACGAGCUGGAUCAGACGCUGGAGGAAUUCAAGGCGCAGUUCGGGGACAAACCCAGCGAGGGCCGCCCGCGCCGCACCGACCUGACCGUGCUGGUGGCUCACAACGACGAUCCGACCGACCAGAUGUUCGUUUUCUUUCCCGAGGAGCCCAAAGUCGGCAUCAAAACCAUCAAGAUGUACUGCCAGCGCAUGCAGGAGGAGAACAUCACGCGUGCGCUGAUCGUGGUGCAGCAGGGAAUGACUCCCUCGGCCAAGCAGUCCCUGGUCGAUAUGGCUCCCAAAUACAUUCUGGAGCAGUUUCUGCAGCAGGAGCUCCUGAUCAACAUCACUGAACAUGAGCUGGUCCCAGAGCACGUUGUCAUGACAAAAGAAGAAGUAACCGAGCUGCUGGCCAGAUAUAAGCUGAGGGAGAACCAACUCCCCAGGAUCCAGGCUGGGGAUCCCGUGGCCCGAUACUUCGGGAUAAAGAGAGGCCAGGUGGUGAAGAUCAUCAGACCGAGUGAGACUGCGGGCCGGUACAUCACCUACAGGCUGGUGCAGUGACAGAGCUCUCAGGUAAUGUGUGACAUCCCCACCUCUGGGCAGUGCUUUAAACUUGCUCUGAGGCUUUCCAGAGGUGACUUGAAGUGAGUUGGCUCUGGGAAAGGAUUCCCUCCAAGUGAUGUAAAUGAUUUGUGUAAGGAACCGUGUGGGAUGGAUCAGAGCGGGGCUGUCCUGGUCUGGUGCCUCAGUAGCAUUGCUGAAGGCACAUCUCUCAGGGCAGCAGAGGGGUUUUGCCUUGAGAGCGAUCUGCUGAGGGGGACGGGAGCUCAUUCGCAUCCUGAGUUCUUUCUUCCAGGUGUGAAACAGUUCUGUGACAUCUGAUCUUCCCACCCACCGACAGCUCACGGCUCCCUGAGCUCUGUUUGAUGGCUGAGGAACUCCUCUGUCCCUGCUGCCUCUCUGCAGUUGUUUUCCUUGGCCCAGUUCCUCAUUUUCCAGCGUGGAUUUUGCUGCAAAUCCUUCUGCUUCGUUAAGGAAUGCCAUGAAAGCACCUUGAAGCACCUGAAUUGUACAAAUGAGUGGAAAGAGGCUUUUGCUCUUAUGCAAGCCCUGUUCUAUGAGAUCUUAUUUUUAAUAAAGGUUUGUACUCUU